GGAAAAUGCCUAAAAAAAAGACAGGUGCGAGAAAGAAGGCUGAGAACCGGCGGGAACGUGAAAAACAGCUAAGAGCAUCAAGAAGCACCAUAGAUUUAGCUAAACACCCAUGUAAUGCUUCAAUGGAAUGUGACAAGUGUCAGAGGAGGCAGAAGAAUAGAGCAUUUUGCUAUUUUUGUAAUUCUGUACAGAAGUUACCAAUUUGUGCACAGUGUGGGAAAACAAAGUGUAUGAUGAAGUCUUCAGACUGUGUCAUAAAGCAUGCUGGUGUUUACAGUACUGGCCUUGCAAUGGUGGGUGCAAUAUGUGACUUUUGUGAAGCUUGGGUUUGCCAUGGAAGGAAGUGUCUCAGUACACAUGCCUGUGCCUGUCCUCUUACUGAUGCCGAGUGUGUGGAGUGUGAACGAGGUGUAUGGGACCAUGGUGGCAGAAUAUUCAGUUGUUCUUUUUGCCAUAACUUUCUCUGUGAAGAUGAUCAGUUUGAACAUCAAGCCAGCUGCCAGGUUUUAGAAGCAGAAACAUUUAAAUGUAUUUCAUGCAAUCGACUUGGCCAGCAUUCCUGUCUCCGUUGUAAGGCUUGUUUCUGUGAUGAGCAUACAAGGAGCAAGGUGUUUAAGCAAGAAAAAGGAAAACAGCCUCCCUGCCCUAAAUGUGGACAUGAAACUCAGGAGACUAAAGAUCUCAGCAUGUCAACACGCUCCCUGAAAUUUGGCAGACAGACUGGAGGUGAAGAGGCUGAGGAAGCGUCUGGGUAUGAUGCCUAUUGGAAGACCCUUUCAUCGGGCAAAUAUGGGGACACCAGCUACCAGGAUGAAGAUGAGGAUGAAUAUGAAGCAGAGGAUGAUGAGGAGGAAGAAGAUGAAGGCGAAAAGGAUUCAGAUACUGAGUCAUCCGAUUUAUUUACUAAUCUGAAUUUAGGAAGGACCUAUGCCAGUGGCUAUGCUCACUAUGAGGAACAAGAGAGCUAGGUGAGCUGUUUGCCCAUUGGCUGGCUAGUGUUAGAGGAGUAGGGCUGUGUGUGUGCUGAUGAAUCAUGUGUGGGUGUUCCAAAGUACUGUCACUUAGCCUUGUGCAAAAGAUAUGCUGAAGGGGGCAAGGAGAGGAGGCAAAGCAUUUUUAAAAAUUUCCAAAAAAAUCCGGCUUAUAUCAUAAAAAAUGAGUUUCAAGUAUAUGGUUUUUAUUGAUUCAAGUAAUAGAAGCAUCAUGAAUUAGAUUAUUAUAGAUUUGAAUCUAUUAGGGUUUUUUUUUGCCAGUUAAAUCCAUCUACAGGAUAAAGGAAUAGGAUAAUAAUAUAUUUGAAAUUAAAUUGCUGUUUUUAUUUUUUAAAUAUUGCUUUAUCAGUUUACUCUUUGUGAUUUUGUAAAAUGUAAUGGGUAAAAAAAAUUACUGUAUUUUUCCUUUUAUGUCUACAGAUAGAAGUCUUAUAUUGUAUAUUCUAAAGUUUCAUUAAAUGUUCUUGUUGUCUUUAAGUAGUCAUGA